AUGCCUCGCAGGGGGGUCUAUGAUUCAGCCGACCCGAAUCUUCCAAACCUUCCAGACAGAGAUGACUUGUCCUGGUCCGACUAUGAUUAUUUGACAGAUAAUGAAUCCUCAAGUUCGUCAUCUUCAACGUCAACAUCUUCUUCUUCGAGUGCUUCUGGGAGUUCAAUGGCACCGUCAAUGCUGAGAAAUCUGAUGCGUUCCCGUAUGGCUCGUUCAAGUACUUCCGGUUCCAACUAUUCCCAGCGGUCAACCAAUGAUGAUAAGAAGUCUGAAAGACAUAGAAAGCAUAGAAAGGAGAGCAUUGGCGAGGCUAUACUCGCGAGAAUUCUCCCAAGGCAGCAUCGCAAUGUGAGAAGGGCACUGCGCAGAUAUCAAAGAAGAAGGCAUAGUUUGUUUGACAAUCCUAUUGCCAGAACUGAGAGUUCUAUAUUGAGGAAUAAGUCUACUGCUGAAAUUCCAGGAAUGGAAGCUCCGGCUAGUGAUUCCAUAUUGCAACCACAAUCAGAUCCGUUGUCUUCAUCCUCCUCCGCUUCAAUGUCGAGAUCAGCUGUGCCUAAGGUCGUCAUUCAGCCAACUGAAGAGCAUACUGAGGCUGCAGGUGGUAAAAGCAAACCUGGUGACAAAAUUGACAAAACCCAUUUAAAACCUGCACCAACGGAAAAGUCUACACCAAGUAGUCACACUGCGAGUGAGAACAUGAGAAACCUUACGGGUAAAAUAUUUGGAAAGACUAGUGAUGGUAGCAAAUUUCCCGGUAUCUUGGAUAAAAAGCGGAUUCUUCCUAUGUCCACAUCUGUGGAUGCAAAAAGUAAAUUUAAACGGCGUUCGAGACGAUACUUGGGGUCUCAGGCAAAGCGAGAGCGUGCAGCAUGGGAGCCAGGUGUUGACGUUCACACGACAAACGUGCUAUUGCGAACACCAGGCUCUACGGUUACAAUCACUGACUAUUCAGAAAAGAGAUAUCGUGUUGAACGGUAUGAAGUUUACUCUGAGAUGGCUCAAGAUCACACCCGUUACGACAAAGAUUCCGAUCAUGUGGAAUUUUAUAGCAAAAGGAGAAACAGCAGUUUGUUGAGCUCCGACAGUGACAGUACUGAUGAAGAUACUACAAGCAGCAUAAAUGAGCUUUAUGAAACCGCGUCUCAGUACCUCGAGCAGGUGGAUAGAUCCAAGAAUGAUUUGGAAAAGGCUUUCAAAGGCCGUCCGAAAUGGAGUAAAGUGCGUUGGAUCAACGUGAAUGGUCUUUCUUGGGAAGCAAUCUCGCUUAUUGGAGACCACUACAAUCUUCAUCGAUUGGCAAUAGAGGAUAUGGUGGAUAUUCCUCAGCGCACAAAAGUUGACAUGUAUCCGGGGCAUAUGUUUGCAGUUUUGCCUUUAUUGAAACUAAUUACAAUGAAAACACCGCUAUCGAUGGCUGCUUCCUCAUUUGUACAAUUGCAUCUACAUCACCGCAAGCAGAAGUCCAGCCGUGCAUCAAAGCUUCCUGUUAUUCAUCAACCAGGACGGUCGGUGUCUUCGGAAGCUAUAAGCCCAACGGCCACAGUUUCAUCAUUUAAUCCGCGGGAAGACACCCCUGUAGACCUGGAAAAAAAUAUUCGUAAUAGAAAGUACUCAUUGCAUGCAUCACGCACAAGAUCCAGGUCGCAGUCUUCUAGAAGUAAUUUGAUACAAUUUAAGACGCUCAAUGAGAUGAUCAUGGAUGAUCCAAAUGCUAGAACACUAACUGAGUCAACGCUAAUUCCAGUAAACAAGGAGUCUGAGGCUUACAAGAAGGUUUCUAGGAUUGAGUCUCGCAGGCCUUUAUACAGAAGAAAUCUUGGUGUUGGGCAAGAGCAGCUGUCCAUUUUUCUCACAGAUAAUGGAACGGUCAUUUCGUUUUUGGAGCAUUCGGCAAACGAUAUCGAGAAAGCCAUUCUUCCAAGAUUAUCAUCCGAAUACACCCUAUUGCGUACUUCCUGCGAUCCGUCCAUCCUCUUUGAGUCUAUUGUGGAUGCCUCUGUUGAUCUCAUCUACCCUGUUGUGACUGCUUACAAUAAAAUCAUGAAUGAGUUCGAGGUGGAAAUUCUUACCAAUCCUGGAAUGCAGCGUACUGCCGAGCUGCACUUGAUGGUGAAUGAGCUCACCUUACUCAGGUCUACCAUCCAACCAAUAUCUUCGAUGGUCUUACAAGUCAAGAAUCAGAAAAUCUUUCGUAAGUUUAUUUCAGAAAACUCGACUUUGUACCUAAGCGAUAUUGAUGACCACCUCAUAUCGUACGUUCAAAGUUUAGACUCGAUGACCCAGACCAUAGAGAACUUGCUUAACUUGGUGUUUAACAUUCUGUCUGUGGAAACUAAUAGCUCCAUGCAGCGUCUAUCGUUGAUCACUGUCAUUUUCUUGCCUUUGACUUUCUGGACUGGUUACUACGGUAUGAACUUCGAGAAAUUCAGUGACUUGGAACGGGAUGUCUCCUUUUAUUGGGAGUUAUCUGUACCAUUCUGCAUCGGUUUGAUGAUCAUAAUCAUGAGAAAGGAGUUGAAGAAAUACCUCCAGCAAUGCUAUCGAUACAUACUACGUGCCGCAAAUAAUUACUUCUAUAAACGAAGCCAAGAAGAUGCCUACGACAGUGAUUAUGAUGAAGAUGAGGGUGAAAACGAGGAUAAGAAUGAGAAUGUUGCCAAAUAG